AUGAUCGAGAACCUCAAACACGACACGUGGCUGAACCGCGCUACCAGAGCCGUUUUUGUGGAUUUCGCCGUUUACAACUGCAACAUAAACGUGGUUUGUGCUGUCAACUGCCGUUUUACGGACUCGGAAGUGGAAAACAUCCUUAACAAAUAUGGAAUCGAACCGCAGAAGAUGGUCCACGAAGACGAAGCUAAGCAGAUGUUCCGGGACGUGCUGCAAAACGCACCAGAAUCGAGUAAUAAAGAUGACGAGGACACUUCCAAUGCAUCAGAUAUCAAUUGGUUGAUUAAGAGAGUAGACCUACUUGAAAAUGUAUUGGAAGACGUUCAUAACAAAUGCGAUAUCGUCAUAGCACGUCUCGAUGCGAUACGAGUUCAAUUACCACCGAAUUACGCAGAACAAAACCUGCAGAAUAACCCUACUUCUUGAUUGCAUAAUUAUUAUGAACAUUUUUUUACAAUUGACCCGUAGCAUAACUGUUUUUUUAUAAGCUUAUACGAUUGUGACGACAAAAACAUCUAAAAAAAAUACCCGUACAAAAUACAUCAAUAACUCUGUAUUCGAGCAGUUCAGGGCCUGUAAACGUGUAAGUUAUGUUGAUGGAAUUACACUCAAUUGCCCUGCGGCCUUGACUCGGUCACAGAUAGUCGAUAGAUCAAUAUUAUCACUACACAAAAAGCAAAUCACAGAAAUAAACAUCGAUACAUACAUAAACGAACAAUAAUUAUUAAAAUAUAUACUUUUUUAUAUUGGUAACUAAUACAAAAUAUAUAUUUAUACUU